AUUCAGCAGUUUUGAUGAUUUAUGCUAGUUUUCUUAUUUUAUUUUAAAGAACAGAAUAAAACAGUCAUCACACAGAAUCAUAGUUACUCACAACAGAAUUCACAAAAAAGUUGUUCAAGUAAAUGGAAACUUUCCUAAAGAAAACUGUUCCAUAUGGACUUAUGCAUUUACAGACUGAGUUAAAGCAUCCUGGUGCAGUGUCGGCUCGUGCUAUAAUUUUUAAUAAAGAUGGAGAUUAUUGCUUAACAUGUGGUAGCGAUAAGUCAUUGCGACUUUGGAAUCCUUAUAAAGGUACUCUUUUAAAGACUUAUAAUGGGCAUGGUUAUGAAGUAUUAGGCUGUGAUGCAUCAGCAGAUAACAGCAAAGUUACAUCUUGUAGUGCUGACAGAACUGUUGUUUUAUGGGAUGUAGGAACUGGGCAAGUAUUGCGCAAGUACAGAGGACAUUUAAGUCGAGUAAACAGUGUACGUUUCAAUAGUCAAGAUGGUUCAAUUAUUGUAAGCGGAUCAUAUGAUUCUACAGUAAGAUGUUGGGAUACAAGAUCAAGAUCAUUAGAAGCUGUUCAAAUUUUAGAUGAUGCAAAGGAUAGUAUACCUACUCUGCAAGUUUCAGAGCAUGAGAUUCUCACUGGAUCAGUAGAUGGCUAUGUUCGUUUAUAUGAUCUACGGCAAGGUAAACUUACAGAGGAUUGUAUGGCUGAUCCAGUUACAAGUGUUUCGUUUACUAAUGAUGGUCAGUGUAUUCUAGCCUCAACUUUGGAUAGCAAAAUACGUUUAAUUGAUAAACAAAAUGGUGCUGUUUUAAACACAUAUACCGGGCAUAUAAACAAAGACUAUAAAAUUGAUAGUACCCUGUUAUUAAAUGAUACUCAUAUAAUUAGUGGUUCAGAAAAUAGUUCUAUUGUUAUAUGGGAUUUGAUUCAUGCAAAAAUAGCAUUUGAGUUUAAAAAUGCACAUAGUUCUGCUGUUUACUCAAUAAGCAGACAUCCUAGUAAAAAUUAUAUACUUGCUGCAUCUACAGAUUCUUCCAGAUUAUGGGUUACAAAAAGCUUUACAGAUUAGUUAGUUGUUUCAAAUGUAAUUUUAAUUAGUUAAACCAAAUCAAUAUCUUU